UCUAAACUCGAAGGAUUUUGUUUCAUUUCUCUGUGUCUGUCUUCUUGGAUUGCCUGCCCAUCAAUUCACACCCAACCUUCAUCAUGAACUGGCAGGCAGCUUCAACAUACUAUUGGGUGCUUUUGUUUUCCUUUUCCACUGCAGCCAAAGAAAACAUGGAAACACCUUCUUUCCAAUCAGGAAUUCUAUAUCAGUUCAGAUAUACCCUGGAAACCCAGCUAAUUCCUUUGACAAGGCCAUCUUUACAAGGAAGCAAGCUGCGAGCAGAAGCUUUGGUUGAUGUGCAUCUCUUGUGGAAGCAACCAAAUGAUGGAGGCCAACAGCUUCUCCAAGUCCAAAUCCAUGACUUACAAGUCCAUCAUGAUCCAGGAGAGAAGAAGAGUCAGAACCUUACUAAGGCUCAAUAUGUUAAAGCUUCAUUGACUACAGCAGAAAUCCAGCAACCAGUUUUCCUUCACUGGAAUAACAGAAAGGUUGCAGGUAUCUAUGUAGACAAGGCUGGGAGUCCCCUAAUUUUGGAGCUGAAGCGUGGCCUUAUCAGCCUUUUCCAGUUGCAGACACAUUCUGGGACAGUGUCUGAGGAGGAUAUUUCCGGAAGCUGUCAAGUUACCUACACCGUUUCUGAGAAUACAAUCCUGAAGACUAAAGACCUGCACAACUGCAUAAGACCAAAAUUUGGAUUCAGCUCCAUUAACAAAAUUUUUGGAAUCCUGUGGCAACCCACAAGUAAAACACAUUACUCGGUGGAAGAAAAUCUCAUCAAGUCUGCAUUGUCUGAGGAAAUUCACACCGUUUCUCUCACACUGAAGUCUUCUGUAGGAGUCAACAUCACCUCUAGGCAACAUCUUGAGCUUGUGACUCAAUUGCCUGGAUCUAAAGAAUUACCAGGGAAGGAUCUUCAGGAUGCUCUUGCAGCAGUGCUGGAAAAACCACAGCUGAUUCCGAUAACCAGUGAACCCUCAAAGACGAUCUGUACCACAUGCCCAAAGCUCAGAACCUAUUUGAAAAAACGUGCUAAAAAGAAGCUCAACGUGGAUCUCUCCAAGGCAUCAACAACUUGGCGUUUUGGCAAAUUGGUCCGGAUGUUGCGUGAUGCCAAGAAGAGAGAUGUUCUUCUACUCUUGAAAGAUGCACCAGAGGAGAUGGUAUCCUUCUAUGUUGAGGCUGCUGUAGCUGCACAAUCGACAGCCUCCUUGACAGCACUAACUGAAUUCCUGGAUUUUGGAAACGAAAAGCAAGCACCUUUGCUGGAGAAGUUUUUGUAUGCUGCUGCCUUCUCCCCUCGUCCUUCGAAAGAGCUUUUGCAAUUGGUGCUAUCUAAGCUCAACAAGAAGAAUCUAGACCCAAAUAUCUGGGAAACAGGAAUGAUUGUUACUGGCAGCCUCAUUGGCAAGUUGUGUCAAAUGAAACUGUGUGGUUUGCAGGAAGUAAGGCUUCAAAUCGAGACACUGGUGCAAAGCCUCAAAAGUACCAACAAAGUCUCCGAGAAAGUGAUUUAUCUGUUGUCCCUGAAGAGUGCUUUGAUACCGUCGUCCAUCCCUACCCUCCUGUAUUAUGCAGAAGAGGGAUUUGCAGACGUUUCUGCCACAGCGCUAUCCGCACUACAGAGGUACUCCACACAGUAUAUCUCAAAUACGGUUAAAAUGGCAAUGAAGCGCAUUUUCCAUCAAGUACGGAAGCCUUAUCCCAAAACGUCAAGGCUGGCUGCUGCAGAAAUCCUGUUGGACAAUGAUCCCACACCAAUGGACUUCACCAAUAUCCUGCUGGCCACCCGAGAAAUUGAACCAGAAAUGUCAAGAUUUUUACUGUCAAAAAUUCAAGGCAUUGUACACUCCCAUAAUCAUCCAAACAGACAGGUUAUCAAAGAUGUACUGAAAGAUCCACAGAUAAAUAAUUACUAUUUCUUCUCAACUAACCUUGGCAGCUCCAUCUCUUUCUUGAGAACACUGGCAGUUACUAGUGACUCGCUCUCUACCUUUGGUCUGGGGUUGCUGUUCUCUGAUGCAGGUCUCCUAAGAAAGAGCACCACCAGUUUCAAUAUCCUUAGUCAUGGCCACCAGCUCCAAGCAGCUCAGGUAGUCCUUGAAGCAAAAGGUUUUGAAGGCAUACUGGGAGGAGGUGGCCUAGUGGAGGAGGAGGAGGAUUUCAUGGCUGGGAUGUCUGCCAUCUUGCUUGAUGUUCAGUUGCGACCCAUUGUGUUCUUUGAAGGAUAUGCAGACCUUAUGUCAAAGUUCUUUUCGAGCACCGGGGAACCCACAAGUGUGGUCAAAGGGAAUGUGCUACUGAUGGAUCAUCAACAGGCAAUCCCACUUCAGUCCGGUUUGCAAAGUGUGAUUACUCUUCAAGGAGGACUUGGAUUAGAUGUUUCAUCUGAUAUCAAUAUGGAUAUAUGGGAGCAAGAACUGAAGACAGGCAUUAAAACAAGGGGUGCCCUGACCAUUGAUUUCCAAACGGAAUUGGAUGCCCCGUUCUUUCAAGCCAGUAUCAAAAGCCAAACAGAGGCAGAAAUGGCCACCAAUUUUAAUACUGCUACAAAACUUUCUGACAAUCCAGUGCUCAUGUGUCUGCAACUAACAGAGGAACAAGUCUCUUUCAGAGAAAUCUUCACAGUCUCCGAAUCUUCUGCAAACCACAGCACUACUGUCUGCAAAGGGAGAAAGAAGACCAUCCCAGGGCGCGAAGUCCCCUUGCAUCAAGCCAACUCAGAAAUGUGCAAAAUCUUGCUUUCAGGGACAAUGAAACAAUAAAGGCUGCAAGCAUGUGUCAUCA